AUGGGAAACGCACAAUCCUCUGGUAAAUUAUUAUUUGCCACAAGAGAACAAGCUAUUGAAGCUUGCUUUUCUAGCUCAAAACAAGCUGUAGAAGUGAUCAAGAGUAAUAAAUAUGCUUCUUAUGCUUUGUCUGGUGUUUCCAUUCUCGGAGAUGAUGAACAGAUAAAAUCCGAAAGAGAACUCGUUCAACAAAAGUUGAGAAACAAAUUGUUAGAUCCGAAGGAAGAUCGUGCCUUGGGAUGUAUACUGGGAAAUGCCAUUGGAGAUGCAUUAGGUGCUCCUUUGGAAUUUAGUCCAGUUCGAUACAAUGUUUUGGAAUUGACAGGCUUAGAUCAUGCUGAAAUUUGGCAAAAGUCUAAUUACAAUCGGUUCGGUUUGAAACCAGGUCAAUGGACGGAUGAUUUUUCCAUGGCACUUUGUAUAGCUGAUUCUCUUCUUGUGAAACAAGAUUUUAAUGCUUUGGAUUUGAGAACAAGAUUUGUGAAUUGGUGGUAUCUUGGUUAUUGCAAUGCUUUUGGAUUUAGCGCGGAUCUUUCUGAUCGACAACGAAGUUCAGUUGGACUUGGAGGAAACAUUUCCAUGUCCAUGACUGAAUUCCUCGAAGAUCCAACGAUUGAAUUCACUGAAUCAGGUGACAAGAAUACGAGUGGAAAUGGUAGUGUGAUGAGACAUUCACCUGUUCCUGUCAUGUACCAUGAUGAUCGAAACAAGGCCAUGGCUGUGGCGAGUGCACAGAGCAAAACUACUCAUCAGGGAGAAGAAGCUGCUGAAUUGUGUCGAUUACUUGCAUUUAUUACUGUAAAUGCCAUUAACAGAGCUGACUCAAAGAAGGACGUUCUGGAAGACUUGAGUGAAUUCCAGACCGACUUGUACAGUGUGCAGUGUUUGUGUAAAUCCAUGAAAGAGGAAAAACAUGAAUCCAAUGCUCAUCUUAAUGUUGACGAUAGAAAUUGGAAUUGGAAGGAUCCAGAUUUUGAAUUUUGCAGAACUCGAGCAAAGCAACAGCCAGGUUAUGUGGGCUCGUAUGCCAUGGACGCUGUAGCAAUGGCUUUGCACUGUGUCUACACAACCGACAACUUUGUGGAUGCCAUGCUUAAAUCUGCAAAUAUGAGAGGAGAUUCCGAUAGCUAUACAGCUGUGACAGGUAGUUUGUGUGGAGCCAUUUACGGAAGUUCUAGUAUUCCACUCUCUUGGAUCGAUGUGUUGCAACAAUUUGACAGAAAUGGAGACAUUGCCUUGAAGGCCUACAAGCUGUAUCACAAGCAAUUCAAUCUUUAA